GUUACGCCAAAGAGGUUUAUGGGUACGUACUACGUAACAUGUCCCUGUACUGUUGACUGGGAAGCCCCUAUUGCAAACCUGCCAACGCCCGGCGCAGUGACACAAAUAGAGAGGAUACGAUCUUGAAUGAGUAGAGAGGAAUCUAAAGCACAGCUAUGCAGACCAUCAAAUGUGUUGUAGUGGGAGACGGAGCUGUGGGUAAAACCUGUCUGCUCAUCUCCUACACCACUAACAAGUUCCCCUCUGAAUAUGUCCCUACGGUGUUUGAUAACUAUGCUGUGACUGUAAUGAUUGGAGGGGAGCCCUACACCCUGGGAUUGUUUGACACUGCAGGUCAGGAGGACUACGACAGGUUACGACCUCUGAGCUACCCCCAGACAGACGUGUUCCUCGUCUGUUUCUCUGUCGUUUCCCCCUCUUCUUUUGAGAACGUCAAAGAGAAGUGGGUACCAGAGAUCACCCACCACUGUCCGAAGACCCCGUUCCUGUUGGUGGGCACUCAGAUUGAUCUGAGGGACGACCCCUCCACCAUAGAGAAGCUGGCCAAGAACAAGCAGAAGCCCAUCACCCCUGAGACAGCAGAGAAGCUGGCCAGGGACCUUAAGGCCGUCAAAUACGUGGAGUGUUCAGCCCUGACGCAGAAAGGCCUAAAGAAUGUGUUUGAUGAGGCGAUACUGGCUGCACUGGAGCCCCCUGAGCCCAAGAAGAAACGCAAAUGUGUGCUGCUAUGAGGAACCCACCCCUAAAACACAUCCCUGUAAACGCACACUAACACACACAUACACAUCCAUGCACACAUACACCCUUCACUUCUUCCCUCCCCCCAAAUCCCCUCCCUUGCCCUACUAAGGCUGGUUGACAUCUUUGUACUUUAUAGUGAAGGAUAGAUAGAAGGAAACAAACACACAAGUUUCAGAUUUAACUGCAAUAAUGAAACUACUCGCCCCUGCGUCAAGCCAGCAGACUGAGAGAGGAACAGAAGAUAACCCAAUCCUGCUUUCACUGUGACACCACCACACGUCCACCUAGACUGGGGUGUGUGAAAGUUAGUGUUUUGGCCUAUUCACUCUAGUUGCCUAGACAAUUGGUAGCCACUGGCCAGUGACUGAAAGUCUUGAUGGAAUUUAGCCCCACCCACUCAAAAGGAAUAGCUGCCUGAUGGGCAGCUUCACAGGCUGCUGUGUCUAGCCCCGCCCUCCCCUCUAAACAAGCACACGCAUCGCCCAAUCCCCCCCAUGCGUUCUCUCCAGCACCACCUGAAGAGUUGCUGACCGGGUUGUCAUUUUGUUAUUGGUUGCCAACACCCCUCCUCUCUGCAAAACACAGAAGCAUGAACCCCUAAUUCCAGAUGGAUCCUAUCCCCCCACUGCCUAGAGGCUGGAGGGGAUCUGAACCACGUGGAGCAGGGUAAGCGGUCUCCCUGGCCGCCCUGGUAGUUGCCAGGGAAGUUAAGCAACGUCUGUUCAGCCCAGAUUCUCCCAGCCUCUAGGUGGAGGAGGUUAGUGGUCAGUGUGGAGUGUGAUAUUACUGAUGAAGUAAAGGAGUCCGUUGCGAUGGGUCUUCUUGUUGACCGCAGGAAUUGGCCUUUUGAAGCAGGGAACUUAAAACAGUGUUAGCAGAACAAGUGGUGUGUUCAUAACGCGUUGCCAGGGACCAAGGGAGAGUUAGCUGAUCGUUAUGGAAACGUUGUCUCGACCAUACAAGUAGAAUCUGUAGAACAGACACUUCCAUCUUCAGCUGUCUCAUUGCGCUGGACAUGUUUCGUGACCCAUUUUGGAUGUUUUAAUUUAAUUCAACUCGUAUAACAUCAGAAUUCUGUGCCACAUCGGAAUUCUGUGCCUUCCUCAGUGUUGUGGAUACGUAACCGUGGCAUCGUGCUGCUACAUUUAGAGUACCGCCACCCAAAGGCCUGCGGUAGUAGGGAGCCUCUGUUCUACUCGUCCUAACUGUAUGGUGUUACUGUUGUGGAUAUGCAUGUAGAUGAGCCCUGGUCCCUGUUCUCAUUAUAGGUUAACAGGUGUAAUAAUAAUGUAAGCUGGCACACAUGUUAAUGUAGGCUCCAGAUGUUUUUACCAAAAUCUGUUUUUUUUUUUGUUCUUUUUUUUUUUUUUUUUUUCUGUUGUGCUGUUUUUGAUUUUAUAAAAAAAUAAAUAAAAAAAGGUUACGUUCACUCCUUUUACAUUUAGGGCUUGGAACUCAUCUGAACUCUGCCCCACCAGUCACACACACAAAUGAAUGCUCCCAUUGGUGACAGAGGCUGUGAAAGUCCAUUGAUGAUGAUGUCUCCUGGUGGCGUAGAGUUGGGUUGACGUCCAGGCCACGUCAUUAUAAUUAUUAUAACCUGUCGUUGUUUUGGUGCAAAACCAAAUGCUUUGUCUGAGGUCUCUGUUCUUUGUAUAUGCAUUCUUUUCAAAAAAUAUUAAACUUAUACCUUAAUUGCCUUUA